AUGCCUUCCAUCGAGUCGGGACCAAGGACAUUGUACGACAAAGUCUUUCAAGACCACGUCGUCACUGAAGAAGCAGAUGGCACUACCCUCCUCUACAUCGACAGACACCUUGUCCACGAAGUCACAUCCCCCCAAGCCUUUGAGGGCCUGAAGAACGCGAAGCGGAAAGUGCGUCGACCAGACUGUACCCUCGCCACCACCGAUCACAAUGUCCCCACGACGCCCAGAAAGAACUUCAAGAACAUCGCGGAGUUUGUCAAGGAGGACGACAGCCGCUUGCAGUGCAUGACCCUCGAGGACAACGUCAAGGAGUUCGGCCUGACAUACUUUGGCCUGGGCGACAAGAACCAGGGCAUUGUCCACAUCAUCGGCCCCGAGCAAGGCUUCACUCUGCCCGGGACGACCGUGGUCUGCGGCGACAGCCACACCGCCACCCAUGGCGCUUUCGGCGCUUUGGCAUUCGGGAUCGGCACUAGCGAGGUUGAACACGUGCUGGCCACACAAUGCUUGAUCACAAAGAAGAGCAAAAACAUGCGCAUACAGGUCGAUGGCCAGCUGGCACCUGGGGUCAGCAGCAAGGACGUCAUUCUGCACAUUAUCGGCGUCAUUGGUACCGCUGGCGGUACGGGCGCAGUCAUUGAAUACAGCGGCUCGGCAAUCCGAGGUCUGAGCAUGGAGGCUCGAAUGUCCAUCUGCAACAUGUCCAUUGAGGCCGGUGCCAGAGCCGGCAUGAUUGCACCUGAUCAGACUACAUUCGACUAUCUGAAAGGCCGACCCUUGGCACCCAAAGUUGACAGUAACGAGUGGAAGAAGGCCAUCAAGUACUGGUCAAGCUUAAAGUCAGACGAGGGAGCCAAGUACGACAUCGAGGUCUUUAUUGAUGCAAAGGAUAUUGCACCAACAGUCUCUUGGGGCACAUCUCCACAGGACGUGGUACCCAUCACAGGGGUUGUUCCCGGACCUGACGAUUUCGAAGACUCCAACAAGAAAGCCAGCUGCAAACGCGCUCUCGAAUAUAUGGGCCUUACCGCCGGCACCAAGAUGGAAGACAUUGAGCUAGACAAGAUCUUCAUCGGCUCAUGUACGAACGCUCGGAUCGAGGAUCUUCGCGCCGCGGCCAAGAUCGUCGAGGGCAAGAAGGUCGCCUCCAACAUCAAACGGGCCAUGGUCGUACCUGGCUCCGGCAAUGUCAAGGUUCAAGCGGAACGCGAGGGGCUCGACAAGAUCUUCGAGGAUGCCGGCUUCGAAUGGCGAGAAGCAGGCUGCUCAAUGUGCUUGGGCAUGAACCCCGACAUUUUGUCCCCCCGAGAGCGCUGCGCCAGCACGUCGAACCGGAAUUUCGAAGGCCGACAAGGCGCCCUAGGUCGCACACAUCUCGUGUCCCCAGUCAUGGCCGCCGCCGCCGCAAUCGUCGGCAAACUCGCAGACGUACGGAAGCUCACCGACAAUGCCACUCCAGUCAAAGCCUCCCCCAAACUCGACGUCGCCCCCGAAUUCGCCGAAGUCGACUCCGAGGAAGAACUCGACCGCAUUCUCGAUAUCCCCACAGACGCAACAGAAUCGUCGACAAAUCUACAUGUGGAACCCAAAGCCGCAGCCGGAUCAGGCGGCCUGCCCAAAUUCACGGUCCUCAAGGGCAUCGCCGCGCCACUGGACAAAGCCAACAUCGACACCGACGCCAUCAUCCCGAAGCAAUUCCUCAAGACCAUCAAGCGCACGGGUCUCGGCUCUGCACUCUUCCAUCCCCUCCGGUAUAACGAAGAUGGCAGCGAGAACCCGUCUUUCGUGCUCAACCAAGAACCCUAUCGAAACUCCAAGAUCUUGGUCGUUACGGGGCCCAACUUCGGCUGCGGCUCCUCGCGAGAGCACGCCCCCUGGGCUCUUCUUGACUUUGGCAUCAAAUGCGUGAUUGCCCCGUCGUACGCCGACAUCUUCUUCAACAACACGUUCAAAAACGGCAUGCUCCCCCUCAUCAUGCCGGACCAGCAGAAGCUGGAAAAGAUUGCCGACGAGGCCCGUGCCGGUCGCGAGAUCGAAGUCGACCUCCCCAACCAGGUCAUCCGCGACGCCGAGGGCAAUGAGCUCGCCAAAUUCGACGUCGAGGAGUUCAGAAAACACUGCCUGGUCGAGGGACUGGAUGAUAUCGGUUUGACGAUGCAGAAAGAGGAGGCUAUAAAGCAAUUCGAAGAGAAGCGCACGUUGGAUACCCCUUGGUUGGAUGGCAGUGGGUAUCUCAAGAAAUGGAGGAAAGGGCCCGUCAAGGUCGAGGCCGCGCCCGUGCCGAAGACGAAUCGUGGAGAGGUCAAGACCGACCCGGUGGAAUGGUAG